GAAGCAGAGGACUUGGCAAGAAACUUCAGAAUGUCUCCUGAAUCAAAAAAACUUUUCAACAUAAUUCUUCUGGGAGUCUCAUUUAUGUUUAUAUUCACUGCUUUCCAAACAUGUGGAAAUAUUGCGCAAACUGUUAUCACAAAUUUAAACAACACGGAUUUUCAUGGCAGUGGCUACACAAGCAUGUCUGUUAUUUAUGGAGUGUUCUCAGCAUCAAAUCUUAUAUCGCCUUCGGUGGUUGCAAUAGUGGGACCUCAACUCUCCAUGGUUGUUAGUGGCAUAUUUUAUAGCCUAUACAUUGCAGUUUUUAUCCAACCUGCUACGUGGGCUUUCUACACUGCUUCUGUUUUUAUUGGCAUUGCAGCUGCUGUGCUCUGGACAGCACAGGGAAACUGCUUGACUGUAAAUUCUGAUGAAAACACCAUUGGCAGGAACAGUGGAGUGUUUUGGGCACUCUUACAAUCCAGCUUGUUUUUUGGAAACCUCUACAUAUACUUUGCUUGGCAAGGAAAAACUCGCAUAUCAGAGAGUGAUCGCAGAACUGUCUUCAUUGCUCUGACUGUUAUCAGUCUUGUGGGCACAGUUCUGUUCUUUCUGAUUAGGAGACAAGAGGACACCAAAGCUCCAGGGGAGGAAGAUUCUGCUAAUGAAGUCCUGGGGGACAGCUCGUCUGCAAAAAACAACAUGAUGAGAGCAGUGGCUGCCUUCAAGAAAUCUAUAAAGCUGAGCUUCACCAAAGAGAUUCUGCUUCUCAGUGUUACAACAGCCUACACAGGUUUGGAAUUAACGUUCUUUUCUGGAGUAUAUGGAACAUGUAUUGGUGCUGUGAAUAGCUUUGGUGGUGAAGAGAAAAGCCUUAUUGGUCUCUCUGGUAUUUUUAUUGGUGUUGGAGAAAUUUUAGGUGGAGGAAUCUUUGGUUUACUGAGCAAGACCAAUCGUUUUGGCAGGAACCCUGUGGUGAUGCUGGGCAUCGUUGUCCAUUUCAUAGCUUUUUAUUUGAUUUUUUUCAACAUGCCAAAUGAUGCCCCUAUUGCUCCUAUGGAAGGAACAGAUGAUGUUGCUUAUAUGAUUCCAAGCAAAGAGGUGGCCAUAUUCUGCAGCUUUCUGUUGGGCCUGGGGGACAGUUGCUUCAACACUCAGCUCCUCAGUAUUUUAGGAUUCUUGUAUUCAGAAGACAGUGCUCCUGCCUUUGCCAUCUUUAAGUUUGUUCAGUCCAUCUGUGCUGCAGUUGCAUAUUUCUACAGCAACUACUUCCUCCUGCAGUGGCAACUCCUGAUCAUGGUGGUUGUGGGCUUCUUUGGAACAAUUACCUUCUUCACAGUGGAGUGGAAAGCAGCAGCAGCACUUGCUGCCCGCAGCUCGGACUACAGCAGCAUUUGA